CAUGUGCUCUCUUCACCUACGACUCAAACUUUAGAACCGCAGCUUUUAGCGUCUUAAAAAUAGAUUCUCUCUUUUCCUUACAAACACACAUCAACAAGUCGGUAAUGGUGUUUAUUGAAUCCGUUUAAAUCAACGCGCGCGAGUCACGGUUGUGCAUUUUGCAGAAACCGGGAGGACAGCGUUGAACAAGCUAGCUCCAGUCACUGUUUACUUUCAAGGAGCCUAACCUGCUAAGGACGGAGAGUUUCUGCUUGGCUUAAAUGUUUGGUAGGCUCGACGAUGGAGGUGGCUGUGAAAGCAAAGGUCAAGAGGAGGCACCUGAAUGCAAACGAGUGUGAUGAACUGGGACAAAGUGCAGAGGGCACUAAUGCCCUUACCCAGCCCCUCACCUUCAACCAGGGGCAGGGCAGCUGUGAGCCAAACAAGUGGCUUUUCCCCAGAACGACCAAAAAGCGACGGAAGUGUGGGAUGGUUUCACAGCCUCAGCUCGAGGAAGAGGAGGAAGAAGAGGUUGAUGAGAUUGAUGAUGACAGCCUCCUUGCUGCUGCACUCUCUUCAGAAUCUCAGGAAACGUAUGAGGAGGAGGAGGAGAUUGACGAUUCCUCUCUGCUAGCUUCUGAGGAGAAGGUGGAUUACCUGGAGGGAAUGACCGCGGAAAUGUUUGGGGUAGAUGACUUUGAAAUAUAUGACAGAGACAAUCACAAAAAGGAUGAGGAGGUAGAGGCCCUUCCUGAUGCUCACUAUGGGCUGGUAGGCAGCAGCAAGGACCUUCUGCAGCCCCAGGGCUGCAUAGAUGACCUUCCAUUGGAGGUGCUGAGGCAGGUGCUAGGCUACAUCCCCGCCCAGGAUCUCUACCGCAGCAUCAGCCUCGUCUGCCAUCAUUGGAGGAGCAUUGUCCAGGACACCAAGUUUUUGCCCUUCAAGAAACAAUACUACCGCUACAUGAUGAGAGAGAAGGACGCCGAGCUGGAGAUGGUGUCCAACCUGAAGGACAACGGCAUAACAGAACCAGCAUUAGAACGGCACAGCAUACGACAUCUCGUUGUUUUUAUGGCUCAACAUAAGGUUGGAGAGCGGGUGAGUCCUGAGGACAUCCUGGUGUGUGUUAAGAAACAUCGCCUCUUUCCUAUGGCUGAGGCCUCCAUGAGAUUACGUAUUCCUGAUAUUCAGAAGUACUUUAACCAUGGCUCUGAGGGUCCCAACCCAUUUGCAGCCAUGGCGAUCAUAUUGAUACUAAGUGAGAAUAUUGGUGACGUGCAGGACUUGGUGUCUCUGCUCUCCGGGUGCAUGUCGCACUCUGCCAUUACAGAGUACCUCAGCCACAUGGCCAUGAUGUUGCUGGCUUUAGAGAGAAGUGAAAUCCAGAUAAAUAACAGGUCGCAUUACAACAUCUACUAUGUGCUUCAGCUGAUGGAGAACGGGCCCUUUUCUGUCGGAUCUACUCAGAAUGGGCGGCCUCAGAUGCAGCUGACCUGUGAACAGCAGAACAUCCUCAGUCACGACAUCCAGAACAACCAUGUGGUCAAGAUCAUAGCUUUUGCAGGUACAGGAAAGACGACCACAUUGGUGAAGUAUGCCGAGCAGCGUCCGCACUUACGCUUCCUGUACGUGGCUUUCAAUAAGUCGGUGGCUUGUGAGGCGGAGCGCCGCUUCCCCAAGAAUGUGGACUGCAAGACCGUCCACUCGUUGGCCUUCAGUGAUGUCGGGCGGAUGUAUCAGAAUCGUCAGAAGCUGACCUUUAACCUAAAGCCGUAUACCCUCAGUUCUGUGCUGCCUAAAGGCCGAGGUGGCUUCAUCAAGGCCAAAGUCCUGACCACGACUCUCAACACAUUCAUGGCUUCAGCAGACCCGACCAUCACCACUAGCCAUGUCGCCAGCACCCACGUAUCUAAUAAGGGCAAUAAGACGAUUAUAACAGAUGAUGAAAAAUUGUUGGUUGUCCAUGAUGCACGGACGAUAUGGAACAAGAUGAAAGAUCUCAAUGAAAAAAGAGCACAGGCAUACUACAUGACUCAUGAUGGUUAUCUCAAAUUAUGGCAGCUCCAAUCCCCAAAACCCUGCCUGUCUGACCAGUACGAUGUCAUUUUCAUCGAUGAGGCCCAGGACUGCACUCCAGCCAUUAUGGACGUGUUGCUGUCUCAGAAGUGUGGGAAGAUCCUGGUCGGAGAUCCUCAUCAGCAGAUCUACACCUUCAGAGGAGCCGUCAAUGCGCUGCAUGUUGUUGACCACACACACAUCUACUACCUGACACGGAGCUUUCGGUUUGGUGCGGAGAUCGCCUACGUGGCAGCCACCAUCCUCAAAGUGUGUAAGCGAGUCCAGAAGACUCUGGUAGGAGGCAAGCAGAAGGGUGGUGUAUGUAACCAGGCUGCAGUCGAGACCUUAGAGUUUGUGAGGACGGGUGUGAGUCCUAACCCGGGGAAGAUUGCCAUCUUGUCUAGGUGCAAUUACAGCGUGUUCAGUACAGCCGUCAGCCUGACAGACGUCAACCCGCUCUGCCGGAUCCACUUCAUAGGAGAUGUUAAAAACAUCGGCCUAAAUAGGAUCCUGGACAUCUGGCGACUGAUGCAAGCGCCAGACCAAGAACCAAAUGCCUUCAAGGAUCCCCUCAUUCGCUCCUUUGCAAAGAAAAGUCGCAGUUCCUUCCACGCCCUGAAGCAAUACAUCGAUCAGACGGAGGACUUGGAGCUGGCGAGCAAAGUCAUCAUCGUUGAAAAAUAUAGAAGUCGGAUUCCCCAACUGGUGAAGCUCCUCGACAGCUGCUUCGAGAAAGACUUUCGCAAAGCAGACUUCAUAGUUGGAACGGUCCACAAGGCUAAAGGUCUUGAGUUCGACACUGUUGUGAUCGGCGAGGACUUUACCCUGGUUCCCUCUCCCCGGUACCUUCUGCAGGGCGUGAUCACCUUCUCAUUCACAAACAUUCCUGACGAUGAGUGGAACCUGCUGUAUGUGGCGGUGACUCGUGCCAAGACAACGCUGAUCAUCACCAAGAGCAUCUACAAUAUCCUCACAGUGGACGGGGAAUACUUCUUGAAGUCGCAGAUGGCCAGCUCUGUGAGGAAGGAGGGCGAGGCUCUCACUUGCUUCCGUAACAGUUUACACCCCAUCGUGCCAGACUCGGCGUUCAUCAUGUCCACACAACAGUGGCCAUUUACUGAUGGCGUGUCUGACGGUGGCCUGCUGUGCGAGGGAUGUGUGUGGAUACGCAUCGGACCUACAGCCCUCCUCAUGCUUGAUGAGCAUAUCUACGGCUGAAAUACCAUGACAAUUUGGUCAGCCUAUCGUCCGUGGCUUAUUAAGCUAAUUUUCUUUUUUUUUAAUAGUGACUUUCAAUGUACUGUUCAGGAUAGGAACAGAGAGCAGCGAUCACUGCUUACUGACUCUGCCAUGUGAUCUUGUUUUUUAAAACUGUUCCCCUGUGAUUGUUUCUCUCUGUGAGAUGAAUGGGAUUGCUCAAUAAUGUACGGUUGAGAUAAUCAGCCAAUAGCAGCCAGUGAUACUCUGGUGGACUGACAUUAAAGAAGCAACGUGUUUCCAUGCAAACAUU